AUGGUUGCCUACUCCAUUAUUGCAGUUCUUGGCUGGACAGUCUUGGUCCUUGGCGCUCUGGCAGUACAGCAGCCGGAGCUGGAAGAACACGAGUGGCCUCUGUACAGAGCUUCGCUGGCUCAUAUACGAUCGACGUUCGAAGAACCUCGUCCGGCUCCCGACUCUCGCGUCCAGUAUUACCCCCACCUGCUCGCGGGCCAAGCUACGGCCGAGCGAGAUGCAUGGAACUUUGCUCACGAGCAGGGAAUGGGGCCCUUCCAUGUCGGCUACGACUAUAAUCGCCGGUAUGCAUACGUUACGACAAAGAUUCCACGAGAAAGCACGCUAGGUAGAAAGUGGGGACUCGGCCAGCCUCAGAUUAGUGACCUGGGCUUUCGCCGCACGAAGGACGCCUAUGCUUACUGGAAGGUCAGCAAACGAGGUGCCCAGCUUUUGCGCCUGGACUUGUGGAGCUCAGGCUCUCAUGCCGCCCAGACGACGUCAUGGCAAAACGUCUACCGUGGACUCAGUCGUCCUCUUUUUGGCUGUCUUUCGUGCUUCGGCUAG